CGGGGACUGCGGGGGAAACCCACAGGCGGCGGAGCCGGAGCGGAGGCGGCGUGAGAGCAGAAACUUCGGACGCGGCCGCUCCCGGAGGAGCCCGGGUGAGCCGCGGCGGCCGUCCCUCCCACCCGCGCAGCAUCCUCCCUGCCCUUCGCCGCCGCCCCGGGCAGAGCCGGCAGCUGCCUCUUCCCCGCGCCCACGAGCCAGGCGUGCCAGCCGCUACCCCCGGGAAGUUUGGGCUUCAGCGUAGUUUGGGGGUGCCUGCGCGCGCCCCAGAGGGCGGGGGGCCGGGGGCGAUGGUGGGCGCCGCGUCGGGCUGGGGGCGCCCGGAAGGCGUGCGAGUGUCCGCGGUCCCGCUGCUGUCCCCAGUGCCCUCCGCAUCCCCCAAGUGAUGGGAACGAGGGCCCGCCCAGGCAGCCGCCGUCGCCGCACCGCCCCCUCGCUCGCCCCCUGCGCGCGGAGUCACCCAGCCGCACUCCCGGCACCCCGAGCCCGUCCUCCGGAGCUGCUGCUGCUCCUGGGGCUGCUCUCGCCGCCGCCGCGGGUGGCCCGCUGCUGACUGGGCUCGCCCGGAGACGGAGGAGCACUUUUUGGCCCUCCCUGAGCCGCUCUCACACCCCAACUUUGCCGCCGCCGCGCCUGCCCUCGCAGCGGCGCUCGGGCGCACAUCGUGGGGCGCACGCCGGGCGGCUCAGCCAGACUGUGGAGCCAGGAAACGGCACUACUGCGCUUCUGCUUCGGCUCUUUGUUGUUCGCUUUGGAUGGUUCUUCAAAGUGUCUGAGCCUCCUCGGAGAUCCUGGGGCCGCAGAAGACCAACCUUGGAAUUCUUCCACUGCAAAAAGGCUCUGAGCUAUUGACAAGCGUCCGGAAAGGUCGACAAGUAAUUUGCCCUGAAAACUCCUGGCUAAUUGACCCACGUUGCUUAUAUUAAGCCUUUGUGUGGGGUGUGUGUGGUGUGUGACUUCAUACAUUUGGGGACCUAUUCCUACUCACUCCUCUUGGCAUGAGACUGUAUGCAGGAUCCACCCGAGGACAAUGAUUGCGGAGCCUGCUCACUUUUACCUGUUUGGAUUGAUAUGUCUCUGUUCAGGCUCCCGUCUUCGUCAGGAAGAUUUUCCACCUCGCAUUGUUGAACACCCUUCAGACCUGAUUGUCUCAAAAGGAGAACCUGCAACUUUGAACUGCAAAGCUGAAGGCCGCCCCACACCCACUAUUGAAUGGUACAAAGGGGGAGAGAGAGUAGAGACAGACAAAGAUGAGCCUCGCUCACACCGAAUGUUGCUGCCAAGUGGAUCUCUAUUUUUCUUACGUAUAGUACAUGGAAGAAAAAGUAGACCUGAUGAGGGAAUCUAUGUCUGCGUAGCAAGGAAUUACCUUGGAGAGGCUGUGAGCCACAAUGCAUCGCUGGAAGUAGCCAUACUUCGGGAUGACUUCAGACAAAACCCUUCGGAUGUCAUGGUGGCAGUAGGAGAGCCUGCAGUCAUGGAAUGCCAGCCUCCACGAGGCCAUCCUGAGCCCACCAUUUCAUGGAAGAAAGAUGGCUCUCCACUGGAUGAUAAAGAUGAAAGAAUAACUAUACGAGGAGGAAAGCUCAUGAUCACUUACACCCGUAAAAGUGACGCUGGCAAAUAUGUUUGUGUUGGUACCAAUAUGGUUGGGGAACGUGAGAGUGAAGUAGCAGAACUAACUGUUUUAGAGAGACCAUCAUUUGUGAAGAGACCCAGUAACUUGGCAGUAACUGUGGAUGACAGUGCAGAAUUUAAAUGUGAGGCCCGAGGUGACCCAGUGCCUACAGUACGAUGGAGGAAAGAUGAUGGAGAGCUGCCCAAGUCCAGAUAUGAAAUCCGAGAUGAUCAUACCUUGAAAAUUAGGAAGGUGAUGGCUGCUGACAUGGGUUCAUACACUUGUGUUGCAGAAAAUAUGGUUGGAAAAGCCGAAGCAUCUGCUACUCUGACUGUUCAAGUUGGGUCUGAACCUCCACAUUUUGUUGUGAAACCCCGUGACCAGGUUGUUGCCUUGGGACGGACUGUAACUUUUCAAUGUGAAGCAACCGGAAAUCCUCAGCCAGCUAUUUUUUGGAGGAGAGAGGGGAGUCAGAAUCUGCUUUUCUCCUAUCAACCACCACAGUCAUCCAGCCGGUUUUCAGUCUCCCAGACUGGUGACCUCACAAUUACUAAUGUCCAGCGAUCUGAUGUUGGUUAUUACAUUUGCCAGACUUUAAAUGUUGCUGGAAGCAUCAUCACAAAGGCCUAUUUGGAAGUUACAGAUGUGAUUGCAGAUCGGCCUCCCCCAGUUAUUCGACAAGGUCCUGUGAAUCAGACUGUAGCUGUGGAUGGCACUUUUGUCCUCAGCUGUGUGGCCACAGGCAGUCCAGUGCCCACAAUUCUGUGGAGAAAGGAUGGAGUCCUCGUUUCAACCCAAGAUUCUCGAAUCAAACAGUUGGAGAAUGGGGUGCUGCAGAUCCGAUAUGCUAAGCUGGGUGACACUGGUCGGUACACCUGCAUUGCAUCAACUCCCAGCGGUGAAGCAACAUGGAGUGCUUACAUUGAAGUCCAAGAAUUUGGAGUUCCUGUUCAGCCUCCAAGACCCACUGACCCAAAUUUAAUUCCUAGUGCUCCAUCAAAACCUGAAGUUACAGAUGUCAGCAGAAAUACAGUAACAUUAUCAUGGCAACCAAAUUUGAAUUCAGGAGCAACUCCAACAUCUUAUAUUAUAGAAGCCUUCAGCCACGCAUCUGGUAGCAGCUGGCAGACCGUAGCAGAGAAUGUGAAAACAGAAACAUUUGCCGUUAAAGGACUCAAACCUAAUGCAAUUUACCUUUUCCUUGUGAGGGCAGCUAAUGCAUAUGGAAUUAGUGAUCCAAGCCAAAUAUCAGACCCAGUGAAAACACAAGAUGUUCCACCAACAAGUCAGGGUGUGGACCACAAGCAGGUCCAGAGAGAACUGGGAAAUGUUGUCCUGCACCUCCACAACCCCACCAUCCUUUCUUCCUCUUCCAUCGAAGUGCACUGGACAGUGGAUCAACAGUCUCAGUAUAUUCAAGGAUAUAAAAUUCUCUAUCGGCCAUCUGGAGCCAGCCACGGAGAAUCAGAGUGGUUAGUUUUUGAAGUGAGGACCCCAACCAAAAAUAGCGUGGUUAUCCCUGAUCUCAAAAAGGGAGUCAACUAUGAAAUUAAGGCUCGCCCUUUUUUUAAUGAAUUUCAAGGAGCAGAUAGUGAAAUCAAGUUUGCCAAAACCCUAGAAGAAGCACCCAGUGCCCCACCUCAAGGUGUAACUGUAUCAAAGAAUGAUGGAAAUGGAACUGCAAUUCUUGUUAGUUGGCAGCCACCUCCAGAAGACACUCAGAAUGGAAUGGUCCAAGAGUACAAGGUUUGGUGUCUGGGCAAUGAAACUCGAUACCACAUAAACAAAACCGUGGAUGGUUCCACCUUUUCUGUGGUCAUUCCCUUUCUUGUUCCUGGAAUCCGAUACAGUGUGGAAGUGGCAGCCAGCACUGGGGCUGGGCCUGGGGUGAAGAGUGAGCCUCAGUUCAUCCAGUUAGAUUCCCAUGGAAACCCUGUGUCACCUGAGGACCAAGUCAGCCUCGCCCAGCAGAUCUCAGAUGUGGUGAAGCAGCCCGCCUUCAUAGCCGGAAUCGGAGCAGCCUGUUGGGUGAUCCUCAUGCUCUUCAGCGUCUGGCUCUAUCGACACCGCAAGAAGAGGAACGGACUUACUAGCACUUACGCGGGUAUCAGAAAAGUCCCGUCUUUUACCUUCACACCAACAGUAACUUAUCAGAGAGGAGGCGAAGCUGUCAGCAGUGGAGGGAGGCCAGGACUUCUCAACAUCAGUGAACCUACCACGCAGCCCUGGCUGGCAGACACGUGGCCUAACACUGGCAACAAUCACAAUGACUGCUCCAUCAGCUGCUGUGCAGCAGGCAAUGGGAACAGUGACAGCAACCUCACUACCUACAGCCGCCCAGCUGAUUGUAUAGCCAAUUAUAACAACCAACUGGAUAACAAACAAACAAAUCUGAUGCUCCCUGAGUCAACUGUUUAUGGUGAUGUGGACCUUAGUAACAAAAUCAAUGAGAUGAAAACCUUCAAUAGCCCAAAUCUGAAGGAUGGGCGUUUUGUCAAUCCAUCAGGGCAGCCUACUCCUUACGCCACCACUCAGCUCAUCCAGUCAAACCUCAGCAACAACAUGAACAGCGGCAGCGGGGACUCUGGCGAGAAGCACUGGAAACCACUGGGACAGCAGAAACAGGAAGUGGCACCAGUUCAGUACAACAUCAUGGAGCAAAACAAGCUGAACAAAGAUUAUCGAGCAAAUGACACAAUUCCUCCAACUAUCCCAUACAACCAAUCGUACGACCAGAACACAGGAGGAUCCUACAACAGUUCGGACCGGGGCAGCAGUACAUCUGGGAGUCAAGGGCACAAGAAAGCGGCAAGAACACCCAAAGCACCAAAACAAGGUGGCAUGAACUGGGCUGACCUGCUUCCUCCUCCCCCAGCACAUCCUCCUCCACACAGCAAUAGCGAAGAGUACAACAUUUCUGUAGACGAAAGCUAUGACCAAGAAAUGCCAUGUCCUGUGCCACCAGCAAGGAUGUAUUUGCAGCAAGAUGAAUUAGAAGAGGAGGAAGAUGAACGAGGCCCCACCCCGCCUGUUAGGGGAGCAGCUUCUUCUCCAGCUGCUGUGUCUUAUAGCCAUCAAUCCACUGCCACUCUGACUCCUUCCCCACAGGAAGAACUUCAGCCCAUGUUACAGGAUUGUCCAGAGGAGAUUGGCCACAUGCAGCACCAACCCGACAGGAGACGGCAGCCCGUGAGUCCUCCUCCACCACCACGGCCGAUUUCCCCUCCACAUACCUAUGGCUACAUUUCAGGACCCCUGGUCUCAGAUAUGGAUACGGAUGCACCAGAAGAGGAAGAAGAUGAAGCCGACAUGGAAGUAGCCAAGAUGCAAACCAGAAGGCUUUUGUUACGUGGGCUUGAGCAGACACCUGCCUCCAGUGUUGGGGACCUGGAGAGCUCUGUCACGGGGUCCAUGAUUAACGGCUGGGGCUCAGCCUCGGAGGAGGACAACAUUUCCAGUGGGCGCUCCAGUGUUAGUUCUUCAGAUGGCUCCUUUUUCACUGAUGCAGACUUUGCCCAGGCAGUCGCAGCAGCAGCAGAGUAUGCUGGUCUGAAAGUGGCGCGACGGCAAAUGCAGGAUGCUGCUGGCCGUCGACAUUUUCAUGCAUCUCAGUGCCCUAGGCCCACAAGUCCUGUGUCUACAGACAGCAACAUGAGUGCUGCUGUAAUGCAGAAAACCAGACCAGCCAAGAAACAAAAACACCAGCCAGGACAUCUGCGCAGAGAAGCCUACACAGAUGAUCUUCCACCUCCUCCUGUGCCGCCACCUGCUAUAAAGUCACCCACUGUCCCAUCCAAGACACAGCUGGAAGUACGACCGGUAGUAGUGCCAAAACUCCCUUCUAUAGAUGCAAGAACAGACAGAUCAUCAGAUAGAAAAGGAAGCAAUUACAAGGGGAGAGAAGUAUUGGAUGGAAGACAAGUUGUUGACAUGCGAACAAAUCCAGGUGACCCCAGAGAAGCACAGGAACAACAAAAUGACGGGAAAGGACGUGGAAACAAGGCAGUAAAACGAGACCUUCCACCAGCAAAGACUCAUCUCAUCCAAGAGGAUAUUCUACCUUAUUGUAGACCUACUUUUCCAACAUCAAAUAAUCCCAGAGAUCCCAGUUCUUCAAGCUCAAUGUCAUCAAGAGGAUCAGGAAGCCGACAAAGAGAACAAGCAAAUGUAGGUCGAAGAAAUAUUGCAGAAAUGCAGGUACUUGGAGGAUAUGAAAGAGGAGAAGAUAAUAAUGAAGAAUUAGAGGAAACUGAAAGCUGAAGACAACCAAGAGGCUUAUGAGAUCGAAUGUGACAAUUAUCACUCAAGAUGCCUCCUGUCUGAUGACACAUGACGCCAGAUAAAAUGUUCAGUGCAAUCAGAGUGUACAAAUUGUCGGUUUUAUUCCUCUUAUUGGGGUAUCAUUUAAAAAACUUUAUUGGGUUUUUAUUGUUGUUGUUUGAUCUCUAACCCUACAAAGAGCUUUCCUAUUCCCUUCGCUGUUGGAGCAAACCGUUACACCUUACUUCCAGCAAUGGAAGUGCUUUGACUUCCUGCUUCCAUCAUCAGCCAGCAGGAGAGAACAAAACUCUUCUUUUGCAUUUUGCCCCUGAGAUAUGGCAUUGCACUGCUGAUAUGCCAAGCUAAUUUAUGGCAAGAUAUUGAUCAAAGAUACAAAGUUGAUACUCAACCUCAUGCCAAGGGCUCUCAAAAUGUAAUCUUUCCAUAGCCAACUGCUAAUGAAAAUUAAAACAUAUUUCCUUUUAACAUGAUUUUAAAAUCAGUUUUUCAUACUACCCUUUGCUGGAAAAAACUAAAAUUAUAGCAAAUGCAGAACCACAAGUAAUUUGAAUGGGGUAGAAACAUUGUAAAUAUAUACUCUUUGCAAACCCUGGUGAUAUUUUAUUUUGUCUUCAUUUCAAUCAUUGAAGUAUAUUCUUACUGGAAAUGUACUUUUGGAUAAGUAGGGCUAAGCCAGUUGGAUCUCUGGUUGUCUAGUCAUUGUCAUAAGUAAACCUAGCAAAACCUUGUUCUAUUUUUCAAUCAAAAAGCAACUAUAAAUGCGUAUUACGAACAAGUGGAUGUUUCUAAUGACCAAUUGAGUAAGAACAUCCUUGUCUUAACUGGCCUAAAUUUCUUCCGGUAGUGUCAGUUCAACUUUCAGAAGUGCCACUUAAGGAAGUUUGAUUUUUGUUUUUGUAAUGCACUGUUUUUAAUCUUUCUCUCUCUCUCUCUCUCUCUCCUUUUUUUUUUUUUUUUUGGUUUUAAAAGCACAAUCACUAAACUUUAUUUGUAAACCAUUGUAACUAUUAACCUUUUUUGUCUUAUUGAAAAAAAAAUUGUUGAGAAGCGUUUUUAACCUGUUUUGUUAAUGCUCUAUGUUUGUAUUUGGAAUAUUUGAAUGAUGACAGAUGGUGAAGUGACGUGCAUACUUUAUUGUGGGCCAUGAACCAAAUGGUUCUUACUUUUCCUGGACUUAAAGAAAAAAAGAGGUUUAGGUUUGUUGUGGCCAAUAUUGAAACUUACAGGAUUUCCUUAAAAUCUGCAAUAGAGGCAUUACUUGCUUUCAAUUGCCAAAUGAUGCCCUCUGACUAGUAGAUUUCUAUGACAGUUUUUUGUCAUUUUAUGAAUAUCAUUGAUUUUAUAAUUGGUGCUAUUUGAAGGAAAAAGAAAAGUACAUUUACUCGUAGAUAGGUAUCAGGUCUGACCCCACUGGAAAACAAAGCCAAACAAAACUGAAUCACAAAAAACAGGCUGGUGUUCACCAAAAACUAAACAUGUUCAUUUAGAUAAUUUGAAAAAGUUCCAUAGAAAGGGUGUGCAGUCCUAAGGGAACAAUCCAUGUGAUUAAUGUUUUCAUUAUGUUCAUGUAAGAAGCCUCUUAUUUUUAGCCAUAAUUUUGCAUACUGAAAAUCCAAUAAUCAGAAAAGUAAUUUUGUCACAUUAUUUAUUAAAAAUGUUCUCAAAUACA